AUGAAAAAUGGAAACCUACCUGAGUUGAGUGGUUCUGGAUUCAGCACUGUCUCCAUCUUCACCUGCAGGAUCAGCUUCAGACUCGCCUACAUUUUCUCUUACAACCUCUUCCAGUUCUGUGGCCACACAUGGAUCCUGGCCAACACCAUUGCCCGGUUUUUCACAUUUGGUCGAGAUGCUUUAGCAGACACGUUCUACUCGGUGGGCUUCGUGAUGAGUCUGUGCCAGCUCCUGUCCGUCCUGGAGCUGUUCCACAUCGCUGAUGGGAUCGAGAAAGCCAGACUCCUUCCUCGCUUUGUUCAAGUGAUGGAAAAGAAUGUUCUGCUUAUGAUAGUUAUCAUGCUGGAGGAUAUCCAGAGUAAGCCGGUGGUGUGUUUGCAGCUCUUCUUGUGGAAUAUUCUGGACCUCUUACGGUACCCCCAUGAGCUGCUGUGUGUUCUGGACACACCCUCCACCACCAUGCUGUGGGUCCGCUACUCCCUUUGGAUCCCUUUCUACGUCCUGUCAGCCACCACUGAGGUUUUUACCAUUUACCAGGCCCUACCUUACAUCAGAGCUACAAUGUCCCACCCCAUGGACGUCCACCUGCCCUUAGCCCUGGUGCUCUACCUGUCCGCUCUGGCUCUGGGGGCCUCAGUGACAGUCUGGCAGCUGCUGAAGGAGAGAAAACACCUACUGGACAAACGGAGCAAGAAGAAGAAGAUAAAAUAACAGGAAUGGCCAAAGAAUGAACUGUGAGCAGUUUGAGUCUUUCAGGAAUGCAAACUAUAAUAAGAUAAUGUAACGAUGUGUUGCAAUUAAGAGCAUUUUGAAGGAAAAAAAACACACAAAAUCAACUUUGUUACAAAAGCAUUAUAAGUAUCACCUUUAAUGACAGACCAGAC